UGGCAACGUUGCCCCCGUUGUCGAGUCGCCUGUUCUGACGGCGACGCUCGCGACGCCAACUAAAUCGACGGCAGAGAAAAAACAACAAAAUAAGGGCGCAAAACGAUGGUAUCAGAACAAGUGAACGCGUAUCAUCAUAACAAUGUAAUCGGGUGAUUGUUUUUUGAUAAGAGAACAUAGAGGGUUUGGUAGAUAGGUAAAGUGAAUGAUAUGGGGUUACGUCGGGCGCCACUGCUGAUAAUAACAAUUGGUGGAGACUUCUGGGCGGGGCACCCUCCAGUGACGGCUUUUGAUUUUCGCGACCGAUGAUAUUGUUUCCACUGGUUCCCGUCCUCCUGACGACGCCAAGAGCGUCGGGACGUCGUCGGUGACGAAGACGGUGACGAAACGUUAUCUUCGAAAUCUUUCGUCCGUACCCCUUUUGACAUUGUUAUUAUUGUUGCACUGGUUAUAAAACCCGGUCCAUAUAAGGUUGGAGGAACCAGGUUCAGGUCUUUUUCCAAAUAACCACGUCUCUGACACUGGCGAUAUGGACACAAUAUGGCCUCAUCAUACUGGCACGCCUCAGGGAGACAUCUUAUUCUGUCGAUCCUUUGGUUUCAAACGUUCUACUAUCAAAUUCGAAUCACAAAUGAAUGCGACCAAACAUUUGUAAGUCGUCAAGGGGGCCCUUUAAAUGGUACUUUCCACGCUCCCGAAUUCGUCAACCCCAAGGGACACUCUCGCCAGUGCGUUUAUGUAUUUAUUGCAGGACCUGGACAAAGGGCUGAAGUUGUAUUUACACAUUUCCAACUUCGCGGCACCCCACCGGAUGGGGCAGCCGUGGGAAACCUCCCCGCUUGCAUCCAUGAAUACAUGGACGUUUAUUCUGAGGUAGUGCACACUGAAUCAGCGGAGUUGAUUAACUCUCCCUUCGGAGGUCGUUACUGCGGUCCCAUACCUCCAAGACGUCGUGUAUCACUCUACAGAGCCAUUGCUCUGUCAUUUUAUACUGAUAAAAACGCCUCCUCACCUGAUCUAUUUCGAGGGAGAUACGCCUUUGUUAAUGACAGUAAGUCUACGGAGUUCGAAGUCGGCACGCCGGUUCCCAACACUCCCUGCAGCUUCCUGGUGAAAGGGGCCGCGAAGCCAACCGGCGUCAUUCUAUCGCCGACCUAUCCAGGUGCCUAUCCGAAGAAUAUAACGUGCACGUAUCAGUUUCUGGGAACACCCAAUCAGAGGGUUCGACUGGAGUUUCGGGACUUUGAUCUGUUUUACGGCGGCCCUCACUGCCCUUUUGAUUACGUCAAAGUUUACGAUGGUCCAGAUAAUGGUUCCGCAAUAAUAGGGACUUAUUGCGGUCAACAAAGGAACCUCGUUCUCUAUUCGUCGGAAGCAUCUCUCUUCAUUACUUUUGUAACACUUACUCGCACUGCCAGCACUCAAAACAGAGGCUUCAAGGGAAUCUUCGAGUUUUCGAAUUCCUUUACUAAAUUAGAUUUUAUAAGUAAAAACGACGGAAUUCACAUUAGAGGAUCCGAAUGUGACCAAAAAAUCCUCAGCAAAAAGGAAUCAAGUGGAUCUGUAUUUAGUCCCAACUAUCCGUUUCCUUACAUGCCAAAACUAGUGUGUAGGUACUUUAUUUAUGGACUACAAGACGCUCAACACUUGGAAAGGGUGCGCCUAGAAUUUGCCCUUUUUGAAAUACCAAAAGGUCCCAAAAGCGAUUGCUCCGACGGGUACUUAAAAAUAUACCUCAAGGGACAAGAAACUACCGAUUCUUACGAUAAAUUCGACUACGAAAUGUGUGGGGAAGAAGCGAACCCAUCAGUUGUUAUUUCCGAAGGUCCUAGAUUAGUUAUGGUUUUUAGCAGUGGAGAGAAAAUGGGAAGGGGAUUUAAAGCAAAUUAUACUUUUGAGACUGAAUACAAAAUACCAGGGACUGCUUCUCCUGAUGGUAGUUGUAGUUUUACGUACAGAAGUACAAGCAAAAGGAAAGGAGAGUUCAACUCUCCUAGAUAUCCUUCGAAUUAUCCCAGCAACACCAACUGUACAUAUUUGUUUAUAGCUACACACAAUGAACAGGUUAUACUAGUGUUUGAUAAUUUUAAAGUAAGGGCUGACAGAAACACCAACAUCACUUCUGGUUUUUAUGGACUAGAUCUUUGUCAAGAAGACUGGCUAGAGAUAUACAAUAUUUACCACAACAGUUCAGAAAAGCUGCUGGGUCGGUAUUGCGGUCAGACAGCGCCCGGACCUGUGGAGUCCUAUCGUGGGGCUCUCGGCCUAAAAGUGGUCCUCCAUUCCGAUGCCGAAAAUGUUUAUAGCGGCUUCAGGGCACGUUACGUCUUCGAAACGGCGAAAAAUAUUUUCGGGGAUUGCGGAGGCAACAUCAGUAACACGGACUACGGAGUAAUCACCAGCCCUCAUUUUCCACUCAACUAUGACGGUCCUUUGAAGGGGAGAGCUUCAAAAAUCUGCAACUGGUACAUCUCUGUUCGACCCAGAUACAAAAUCAUGCUCCAUUUUGAAAGGUUCAUGGUGGAAGGAGAUCCUUUUCCUCGAGGAUGUCCUGCAGCUGUUUUGAGAUUAUGGCUUAAUCUAAACGAAAUACCUACAGAACUUUGUGGAGAAAAAAGGCUCGAGGACAACUGGCAAUUCCUAUCCGAGUCUAACAGGAUCCGAAUAAGUUUUGUGACAGCGGAUAAAGCUGUCGGCGCCCAAGGUUUCAAAAUUAUCUGGACUGAAGUACAGGAAGGCCCAAGUUGCGACGAAUUUCAGUGUUCCAAAACCGGAUACUGUAUUCCUUUUAAAUUAAAAUGCAAUAAUAUCUAUAACUGCGGGGCCGACGACAAUUCCGAUGAAGACAACUGUACUCCAAAAGUGGCUGAGAAAAACUACACGACGGUUUCGGCAUGCGCUGUGGCCACUGUCAUGUUCGUAUUGCUGAUGGUGGUCGUAUUUUGCCAUCGGAAACGUAGACGACGUAGUCAAGAUCGAUGCCUGGUCCGACCCCGGCCUAUACCCGUUGCUCCGCCACCCCUCUCGACCACCCCCUCAAUGCGUCGAUCUCAUCAUCAACAGCAGCAGCGGAUGUGCGAGGAACUUGGCGAAAGACUCGCCAACAUUGACAGUGUUUGAUGAAGGUGGUGGCGUGCCGUGACAUGGGGCAAGAACUACGAACGUAAACAGCAACAAUGUCUAUUAAUAAAAAAAUAAUGAUUAAACUGCUUCUCCUCAAUCAAUCGGCGAGAUUUCGAAGUCUGGGGUGUCUCAAUCGGUAAGUUUUUCGACUUUAAAAUUCUUCAAUCGGUAUGUUUUUUGAAUUUGACAUCCUUAAUCUGUACGCUUUUGCAAUUCCAAGUUCCCCAAUCGGAAAGUUGUUCUGUAGUUUGAAGCUCCUCAAGUGUAAAUUUUUGAAAUCUGAAAUUUCUCAAUCUGUAAGUUUUUUAGAACUUGAAUGACCUCAGUAUCAAGCUUAUGAAAUUUAAAAUUGCUCAAUCUCUGAUGUUUUGGACUUUGAAAUUACAAAAUUAUUAACUGGUAACGUAUUCGUCCUCUUCUGAAGAAAAUCCUGCUAUUUCGUGAAGAUUAUUCCUUGUUCAUCCAUCUAAAGGAAUGGUCAUCUUUAUUUCCUUUAGGUUUUAGAUUCAUGGUCCAAAAGCAUAACUAUUUUUACAUUGAGCUACUGGGUAGUUUUACGAAGAAGUGUUAACUACCCCUUUUUGAAUUUACUAUUUCGUAUCCAUUUCACUCAUCAGUCUUUUGCAAUAUUUUACGUCUUGGGUUUUUUAUUCAAUGUCUAAUAAUAUAACCACUUUGUUACUAAUCCUUCAGUUAAAUAUUUCUACCUAAUUUUCUUACCAUUCAUUAAAUAGAAAUCCAUCAAUUAGUUUAUUGAUCUUCAUACCAAAAAUAUUGAUCAGAAAAUAGUCAACAUUACAAUUUCUCAAUACAGAAAGAACGCUGAACAACUGGUGUGAUUUCUGGGGAGUUUGCAAUCCCUUCGUUCCCCAACUAAUUCUUAAAGUUUAAUUUUAAUUUAGUCUUCCAUAUUAGGUAUAAUAUUUUCCAAAGAUCUUCUUUUCUCCAAGCGUUUCCAAACUUUCUUCCAAUUUUGUAAAAGUUUUGACCUUAAUGAUCUUAAGUCAAAAACCAAUAAGAUUUCGAUUGGACAAUUUUGAACAAUUGUAACGAAGAAAAAGCAGUUUAGUCACAUGGGAAAUAAUGGCAAAUGGUAAAUGAUUAAAUAGAAAAGUGACAAGUUGCUUACUUUUGACAAUCAAUUUUCGAAAGUUACAUUGCUGACUGCAAAGACAGGUCCAUGUCCGUCGUCACGGUAGCCAAACCAAACCGAACCAAAAAAAAAAACUUAAACUACAACUAUUCAAUUAAAUCCGUGUGCAAUAUUUAGUGUGAGUGUACGUGUGUUAUGAAAUUUUGUCCUAAUUCGAGACUGUCGGAUUCGUGAGUGAACGCGUAGCGGAAAACGUUCUACUCGUCACAUUUUUAAACCAAUAACAAAAAAACAUUGUUUAAGUGACUUACAGGGUAUGUUAAAGCGUUUAAUAAAAAAAAAUUAACUUCCCUUUUAAUCGGAGACAAUUUAUCGGUAAAAAGAAGGUGUUUCCAACUGUCACGUUGUCCAUCACUUAAAACCGCGGAAGAUUGUUGCGAGACAUUGUUUUUAAUCGUUUGGAAUGUCUUUUUUAUCGGAAUAGAGCUGAUGUAUUGACUGUUGAAGAUGUUGGUGAUGAAUGACCAAAACUUUAAAACGGUAUACUGUCAACUACGUCCAAAUUUUCUACCUAAAUCGUGUUGUAGCCGAACGUACUCAUCAUAAUGAUAACAAAAUUAUAUUUCCAUUCCAUUAUUCGAUACUUCACUAAUUGAUCUGAAAAAUAUACCAAAUUUUGAUAAAAAAACCUAGUCAAUACAGUCCGUCCAGUUAUUAAAUUAAUUCCUAAAGGAUACUAGCAACACUUUACUGAUAAAGAAAAGGUAACGGAAAGGUACGCAUUUAAGGCAAAAUGUGAGGUUGUGGGUGUCUAAAAAAGGAACUUGUUUUGAGCAAUUGGAUUGGAAUUAAGUACUUGAUUCAUCCCCUUCUCAUUUACACUCUUUUAUACAUGAUAAGAAUGUUUAUUAUUAGUCAAUUCUGCCCAAAAAUAGCGAUUUUUAUUAAACUUAACGCCGAUAUUAAAUAACGUUUUUAAAGGUUUUGGACAUUCAUUUACAUUAAUAAAAAUUAAAGAAAUGUUGAAAAAGUUUAUACAUUGUUGCUGGUAGGUAAUGUUCGAGCAGUUUUAAAUGUUUUAAGACAUGAUCAACGUGAUACUUAAAUAAUAAUAUGUAUUGUAUUGAGUGGAGCAGCGUUAUCCCAUUUGUUCCUACUUUCAUCAGUUUCCACGUUAAAUCGUAGAUUAAUUAAUAACAAUACGUAAUAAUAAAUUAAACUGCACGUUCGCACAAACUUUCACAUAUUAUACUAAUAAUAAUAAUAAAUACUAACAAAUAAUAACUAAUUGAUAAUUAAUACCUAAUAAUAAAAACUCGUUAACUAUUUCAUAACUGUCGAUGUUCAAUUGUUGCCACUUAAACACAGGUGCUUUAAAUUUUAUUUUUACAACGAAUCUCCCCAUCAAAGAAACAAAC